CUUGCUUCAGUUUCAGUGUACAUUAAGAAAUAUCCUACGAACCAAUAAAAAUCUUGAAGAAAAGUUACAGAUUUAUAACAAAAUAACAUGUUCAAUCAGAACUAAUAUUUAUAAACUCCAACAAGUUUCCAAAUGUCAACCUGUAAGGACAACAUAACAAACAUGUAGUACCAAAACCAGAAGCCAUUCUUAUUUCAAUCUUAUUUCUCAUUCUGCUUCAUCCAAUCCACAGAAAAUGGCUUUCCUAAAUUAUCAAUACCUCUUCUUGAUUCUUUUCAUCACCAUCUGUAUCAAUGUUGUCAUCAAGUCAACUAGCAUGCAACCUUUUAGUUGCUCUGAUGAAGUUCAGACAUGCAAAUCCUAUCUAUAUCAUAUUUCUAAAGGGCUCCAAAUAGAUCAGAUAGCCUCUUUUUACUCUGUGAAUGCUUCUGAAAUCAAGCCUAUAAUCCAUGGAACCAAACAAGACUACCUUGUAUCCGUAACUUGCACUUGCAAAAAUAUAAAUGGUGUCCAAGGAUACUUCUAUGAUACCUUUUACAAAGUUCAGUCUGGGGACCUGUAUUCACAUGUUGUCCAACAGUUUUACAGCGGACAAGCUUGGGACAUCGAAGGAGAAGAUGAGCCAUUUGUUGCUGGAAACAUAACGAUUAUGCACCUUCUAUGUGGGUGUGUGGAAAAACAAUCACAGAGGGUUGUGACAUAUACAGCUCAAGAGCAUGAUACUCUAUCACAAAUUGCUGAACUUCUAUCUGCAAGUUUGAGUGAGACUCAGGAGUUAAAUGGAGGAUUAUUGACUCAAAAUCCAAGUUUCAUAGAUGUUGGUUGGGUUUUGUUUGUCCCUAUGGAGAUGAAAGGAAUUAAAGCACCAAAGCAAGGUAAAAGACAAAAUUUGGCAACAAUUAUAGGCAUAUCGUCAGCUGCAGCUUUACUUUUGAUGGCUGCAUUUCUUGUAUUCCUUCUAAGAAGAUAUAAAUAUUACAAAAACAGAGAAGAAGAUCCAAAAGCCUUUGCAAAACCAAGUUCACCACAGAAUCAAAAGUUCAACAAGGACAUUGAAGGUGUGACAACGUUUGAGACAGAACGGCCUGUUGUAUAUAGUAUUGAGGAGAUCAAUGAGGCUACUGGCAACUUCGACGAAAUCAGAAAAAUUGGGGAGGGUGGCUAUGGCAGUGUUUACUUUGGCAUAUUAGGAAAACGGGAAGUAGCAAUUAAGAAGAUGAAAUCUAGCAGAACAAAGGAAUUCUUUUCAGAGCUCAAGGUUUUAUGCAAGAUUCAUCACAUUAAUGUGGUGGAGCUGCUUGGAUAUGCCAGUGGGGAAGACCAUCUCUAUUUAGUAUAUGAGUAUAUUCACAAUGGAUCACUCAACGACCAUCUUCACGACCCCCUUCUGAAAGGUCACCAGCCUCUUUCAUGGACUGCAAGAGCACAUAUAGCACUUGACGCUGCAAGAGGAAUUGAAUAUAUACACGAUCACACAAAGACACGCUAUGUGCACCGUGACAUAAAAACAAGUAAUAUUCUACUUGAUCAAGGUCUCAGAGCAAAGGUAGCAGAUUUUGGACUAGCAAGGCUAGUUGAACGAUCAAAUGAAGAAGAGGUUAUAGCAACAUGCGUGGUAGGAACACUGGGUUAUAUUCCUCCUGAAUCUGUGCGUGAGCUACAAAUGACAUCUAAAACAGAUGUAUUUGCAUUUGGAGUGGUCCUGGCAGAGUUAAUAACUGGUCUGCGUGCAGUCAUUCGUGAUAACCGAGAACCAAACAAGAUGAAGUCACUAAUUUCAGUUAUAUUUGGAAUAUUUGACCAAAAAAAUCCAGAGACUGCUUUGGAAGCUAUAGUAGAUGGUAAUCUGAGAGGAAGCUGCCCUGUAGAAGAAGUGUACAAGAUGGCAUAUUUAGCAAGACAGUGUUUGAGUGAAGAUCCAAUAAAUCGACCAGAAAUGAAAGAGAUUGUUCAGACACUUUCCCAAAUAUUGAUAUCCUCUAUGGAAUGGGAAGCAUCACUUGGAGGGAAGAGCCAAGUUUUCAGUGCCUUACUCAAUGGAAGAUAAUCAAGGCAAACCCCCAAUUCACAAUUAUCCAUUUCUAAUCUAUAUCAAAAGCCAUGACUGGAUCAUAUUUCAUAUAUAUAGCCCAAGAACCAGUCUGUGGUACAAAGUCCCAACUUCUGUUUUUUUUUUUUUGUCCUUCAAGUUUAAUACUAUUUGGCUAAGAAAUUUUACUGUAUUACUUUUUUAAAGGAUCGAUUU